GUCUUCCACAUCGAUGAAAGGUGGUGCCUAUCGUCACCACUAUCAUGCUUCUGUUUUGCCUCUGUUCAUUCUGUCCUUCUCUCAACACAUGCGCCUUUCGCUGUUGACUUUGUCUCCUUCGCCUGCUGUAGCUGUCAAAGCGUUCCACAGUUUGAUCAUUAAAUUAUUGUCGUUCUGCUCGUGUCGUUCUGCUCGUGUCGUUCUGCUCUUGUCGUUCUGCUCGUGUCGUUCUGCUCUUGUCGUUCUGCUCUUGUCGUUGCUUGUCCUCGCUUUCACUUCAAAAAUGCUCGCUCGUUGAUGGGCAUCUCCCUUGCUUCGACGGGAUGGACUUCCCCUCUCUUUCCU